GAGGGAGCUGAAGUACGGAAACCAUAUUUACAGGUACAUGUGACAGCACUGCAGCUAUGAGUGGAAUUUUAAGGGGGAAUUGUGAAGAAGUUGACAGCUCCUCACUCUGUUCCUCUGUGCAGGAAUCAGAUCAUGAAGUUUUUAGCUGUGACAGUGCUGACAGUGUUGAUAGUGUCAAUCCAUCCACUUCUAAUCAUUUCACUGGAAAAAAUAAGAAGAUAUCAACAGACUAAAAAGAUGUUUUCAGAGGCAUAGAGUCUUCAGGAAUAUACUGGAGUUCAUGAGGUCUCAAGGUACAUGUGACAGCGCUGCAGCUAUGAGUGGAAUUUUAAAGAGGAAGUUUGAAGAAGUUGACGGCUCCUCGCCCUGCUCCUCUGUGCGGGAAUCAGAUGAUGAAGUUUCCAGCAGUGAAAGUGCUGACAGUGGGGACAGUGUCAAUCCGUCCACUUCUAAUCAUUUUCCCCCUUCCUCCAUCCUCAAAAGGGAGAAGCGACUGAGGACAAAGAAUGUGCAUUUUAGCUGUGUCACCGUGUACUACUUCACCAGGAGGCAAGGCUUCACGAGCGUGCCCAGUCAGGGGGGCAGCACCCUGGGCAUGUCCAGCCGCCAUAACAGCGUUCGUCAGUACACUCUUGGAGAAUUUGCGAGAGAGCAGGAGAGGCUCCACCAGGAGAUGCUGAGAGAACACCUCAGGGAGGAAAAACUGAACUCUUUAAAACUAAAGAUGACGAAGAAUGGCACAGUGGAAUCUGAAGAAGCUAGCACUCUGACAGUGGAUGACAUCUCUGAUGAUGACAUUGAUUUAGACAACACAGAGGUAGAUGAGUACUUCUUUCUGCAACCCCUGCCAACAAAAAAACGGAGAGCACUGCUGCGGGCCUCUGGAGUGAAAAAGAUUGACGUGGAAGAAAAGCAUGAGCUGCGAGCCAUCCGCCUGUCGCGAGAGGACUGCGGCUGUGACUGCCGUGUGUUCUGUGAUCCAGAAACAUGUACCUGCAGCCUGGCGGGCAUUAAGUGUCAGGUGGAUCGAAUGUCUUUCCCAUGUGGCUGCACGAAAGAAGGAUGUAGUAACACAGCCGGUAGAAUUGAAUUCAAUCCUAUCCGUGUCCGGACUCACUUUUUGCACACAAUAAUGAAACUUGAAUUGGAGAAAAACCGAGAGCAGCAACUCCCCACCCUGAACGGCUGCCAUGGGGAGAUGAGCGCUCACAGCAGCUCCGUGGGCCCUGCCUCUCACUCCGUAGAAUAUUCCAUCGCAGACAGUUUUGAGAUUGACACUGAUCCCCAGGCUGCAGUGCUGCACCUGCAGUCAGCUGAGGAGUUAGAUUGCCAAGGUGAGGAAGAGGAGGAGGACGAGGAGGAAGAAGAGGACGGAAGCAGCUUCUGCAGUGGAGUCACUGACUCUAGCACCCAAAGCUUGGCGCCUAGUGAGUCAGAUGAGGAGGAGGAGGAGGAGGAAGACGAGGAGGAGGAAGACGAGGAGGAUGAUGACGAGAAAGGGGACAGUUUUGUGGAAGGUUUGGGUACCACCCACGCCGAAGUUGUUCCUCUUCCUUCCGUCCUUUGUUACUCUGAUGGCACCGCCGUUCAUGAAAGCCACGCGAAAAAUGCUUCUUUCUAUACCAACUCUUCAACUCUGUAUUACCAAAUAGAUAGCCACAUUCCAGGAACUCCUAGCCAGAUCUCUGAGAACUAUUCUGAAAGAGAUACUGUCAAAAACGGUACCCUCUCGCUGGUGCCUUACACCAUGACCCCGGAGCAAUUCGUGGACUAUGCCCGACAAGCGGAAGAGGCCUACGGCACCUCCCACUACCCCGCUGCCAACCCCUCUGUCAUCGUUUGCUGCUCCUCUUCGGAAAAUGACAGCGGUGUGCCCUGCAAUAGCUUAUAUCCCGAGCACAGGUCCAAUCAUCCUCCAAUGGAAUUUCACUCAUACUUGAAAGGCCCCUCCCAGGAAGGGUUUGUCUCUACCUUGAAUGGUGACAGUCACAUUUCAGAGCAUCCUGCUGAAAAUUCUUUGAGCCUUGCAGAAAAGAGCAGAUUGCAUGAAGAGUGCAUCAAAUCACCCGUGGUUGAGACCGUCCCUGUCUAGUAGCUUAAGUUAUUCUAGGACCAACUCUUCUCCUAUUUAACGCACUGUAUGUAAUUGGAUUUCCUGGGCUCAUGGUGGUUUAAACUGACCACCAAGAAAACUUGGACUGUAGUGAAUCUUCCAGACUGUAUUUUGUUUUCUCCUUUGUAGCUACAUGACUGUGGCACUGCACAAAUACAGUCUUUAUGAGGAUUUUAAAAGAUUUCCGACUGUUUUGAUAGAAAAUGCUAAUUUUAAAAAGCAUAUCUCACAAUUGCCUACCUGUCAAACUGUGUGAAACCUGCCAAGCUGUGUAGAUCAGAACUCCAAGUUUUGGAUUAUCGGGCCUGUGCAAGAUUAUAAACUAAGACUGGGAAAUAAUAAGAUUUAGAGUCCUACUUUUCGAUAUAUCUGAAGAUGAUGGUGGCUUUUUAAUGUAAAAGUAACUAUUGUAAGAAAAAGAUUUAAUUGUUCCAUGUGUAUUUUAUUUAUGGUAGUUAGAAGUUAUGUUUUGAUGAAAAUGAACAGCAGCAUGUUCUUUUAAGCUGAAGAUGCAUAGUUAGUACCACCGAGCAUGCCCACAUGGAUUGCAUCUGGAAUCCGUUCAUGUUUUUAUGAUCAUGACUGAUCAGAUUUGCAAAUACUUUCUAAAGGGUGAAAUAGGCCUAUUUUUGCUAUUUUGGACAAAUAAAUGAGUCUAUAUGUGCAGGUCCUUACACAGUUUUCUCUAAAGUUAAGAGUUAGGACAAUCCUCUGGUGAGGGUCUAGUUCAUUGCCCUCCCUCAGUUGACUCCAGAGAUGGAGGUAGAAGGAAUUGCCUUUCUUUUUUAAACAGCAUCAUCUUGGUUCUUAGCUUGGACAGCACCUUUAAACUCUACUCCCCUACAUCAAAAUGCACUUUAGUGCCCCUUCAUGGUACCUGGUGAGGGGUGGGGACUGAGAACUCUUUGAGAUGAAAAAUUUUAAUUUUUGUUAAUCUGUAACUAUUAUGAGGUUCAUAUAAUUAAUAUAGAGGAAUCAUCCAAUGAUACUUUAUGAAGGAAAAAUGACCUGUUUUCCUUUGUCACUCUCAAGACCUAACUCAGUAAAAACAGAGGAGGCUGAGGAACAUGGAAGAGACCCAUCCUCAGCAACCAGCCUUUUCCACAGCGUGAUCAAUCCAUCUCUACAUAAUGAGUGUGUAACGAGAUUUUCAUUUAGUGACUAGCUGAUGGAAGGGAGGGCCUCCACCCAAAUACUCAACUAGGCCUUACUUUUUGAAGCAUUUUGAUUUCUCUUGCCUGGGACAAUUAGCAGAACAGUCCAGAAUGCAUUGAAUGCUUUCUAAUUACCUCACGUUCUCUUGUUCAAGGGGACAGAUAGAAAUAAAACAUGCACUCCCCACCUUUAGGUUAUCUGCACUUGGUUCAUCGGAGGACUUCUAAGAUCCCAUUUUCUUGUAAAUUAAUUUAGGUGACUAAAUAGUGUGUUUUACCUUCCUUUUUCAAUGCAAUAUGACUAUGCUAAAUCUGUUUCAUAUUUUUGAACUUCUAUUGUUAUAUCAUUUCACAUUUUAUGCCUCUUUGAAAUGUGUACAUGCCUUGCUAUUCAGUGAUUGCCUCGCUACUUAUUUUUUGUCUUUUAGACUUGGAUGUUUAGAAAUAUGGAUAUAAAUAUAUCAUAGAUUCCAAUUCCUUAAAAAAAAUACUAUUUUAUUUAAUUGAGCAUAAAAAAUUUUGACCUAAGUCCUCCAAUGGAAAAGUUUCCACUAAAACUUGAUUUGGGAAAAAUGUGUUUACUUGGCAGCUCUUUGAUGAUACGGUUGGUUCCUACCCCUUUUCUACCCCACCACUGGGCCAAAUUUAUAAUCAUUAAUAUUAACAUGAAAGGAGCUUUGGGUUUGCCCUUAUGGAGGUAGCAGUAAUGAGGGUGGGGAUGUUCCUUUUUAAUGAUGAGUUCUUUGGGCUAAUCAGAUUGGGGUUUUGCUCAAAUCCUGGUAGUAUAUCCUCUGUUGUCUACAAAGUUACAGUUUUUAAUUCGUGAUCUCCAAAUUAUUUUCCCCUACCAAUACACUCUAAAGAGCACAGGCCCAAAGAGAAAUAUGACAAGAGUCUAUUGUUCCUUCAUUCAAGCACAUGAAAGAAUCAUGUGUGCCCUGUGUCCUGGAUCAUUACAAACCCUUGAAGUAUUUACCUGUGAAACACUCAGCUUAUUCUUGUAACACAGUAUGGCAGAAUGGGGAAGAGGUGACUCUGGCUGGGGCAGAGUUGAAGAGUAGGAUGUAAGUCCAGUUUCUGAAAGGACAGAUUUGUAAUUCAGUUCAGCUUGAUUUUCCCAAAAAGGCUGUCACCUACUUGUUUAUGUUUGGCCGGUCUCUGUUUUGUGGCUUCAUUUCCAAAAGGAUGCUCAAGCUAGAAAUAGGCAAAUGCACACACACACACACAAACACACACACACACACACACACACACACACAGCUUAUCCCCCUAUCUGUUCAAUUGGAGUUGAUAAUCAUUGUUACACAGAAGGAUUAACCUUCCAACCAUGACAACUUCCAUUCCAAAUUUUCAUAUACAUAACCUAACCCCUAAACAUUUCUCAUAAAUUACAUACACAGAUUACCUAUUAAAACACCCUCAUAUACCACACAGACACACACACACAUACACAAACAAUAGAUGGAUACCACACAGUAGGUAAUGACAAAUUAUAGGCAGUGGCCAAAAUUCAAUACAUUAUUUUGUACUGAAUUUUUCUCACCCUAAAAUCUGGUUGGGUUUUAUGAUCUAAAAAUGUCUGAAAAAAGAGCAUAAUUUUUAAAGAUACAGUUUGAAAAUAUUGAGUCAAAGUUGCAAAUAAUACUAAUGAUAGAAUCAUUUCAUUGUUACUUCCUUUCCCAGAAAAGCUGAGAGAGCACAGUGGUCCAUCUGAUCUUUUUUUCCCCCUUUAAUAGCCCUUGUAUUCAACAAAAACUGCCCACAUGCCAGGAAAGCGCUUGCUGUAGCUUUUCUAAGCUUUUUAAAAUGGGGAUCAAGCUAGAUGCAGCCAGUUGAGACACAAUCUUUAUACCAAGACACAAUAACCUGACCUGCAGCUGUUGCAUUGCCCCCAUAGUAAGUAUAUCUAACCAAAUUAUAGCCUUUUUUGACACACAGCUUUUUAGUCAUUCACUGUCAAUAGCAAAGCUUCCUAGUUGGUCCCUGUUGUUUUAGCAUCAGUCCUCUACCUUUUACUGGACCUUAAUUCCCAGUUAUAAUCCAGGCCAAAUUGAUUUGCAAGUCAAGUGGAUAGAGCAGCUUGCAUUUCCUUUGUCAUUCCUUUGGGAGAAAGAGUCCAUGAAAGAGAUUUACUUAAGGCUUUUCCCCCCAUCGCUUGAUCAUUGAUUAUUAAGACAUAAGUAAAAUGAUUGUCUCAUGUCUUUUGGUUAAUUAAAUUAUAUAGUUACUUUUUUAUAUAUAUAAUUACUUUUUGAAAGGCAGUCUUUUGUUUGUGAUGAAACUUUAUCUUCCCUAUUGUCAGCCACAUAUAAAAUGUGAAAUUAGUAUUUAUUAGUGAUAAAAUAUUCACAAUCAUACGUGACUCAACAAUAGUGCCCCCCCCCCAAAAAAAAGAAAGAAAAACUGAGUUACAGAAACACAGGCCACAAAUUAAUAAAGAAGCAAAGAGAUUCUAAGUGAUUGUAUUCUUUAAAACUUUAUACUCUAAUAGAUGACUUCUGGGCAAAAUUCUAAUUUGGUUAUCAUUAAACAGGAAAAUAUAAUUUAUUUCCUAUAAAUUGAUAAAUCGCUGGUUCUUCGAUUAAACUUCUGAUUGUCAUACAAGUUUAUAACCCUUUGAUCUUGAUAUUCAGAAUGUAUUAAGUAUCAAUUCUUUCAACAAAUGUUUAUAGAACACCCACAAUGUUACAGGAACUGUCCUAGGUGGUAAAAAGGGGGGGAAACAUUGCAUAUCUAAGGGAUUAUGAUGAUAAAAAGUGGCGUGAAAUAAUCAAGUUUCAUUAUAAUCCUUUUAAUUUGUGAUUUUAUAAAGGGAUAUUCGAAAAAGUGACAUCAAUUCUUGUCUAAUUACAUGCAAACCAUAACUAAAAGGAUACUUCUUUUUCCUAAAAGAGUGUGAUUCUCUAGACUAGAUCCUCCUUUCCUCUGCCACCAUCUGAAAUUUAUUAAUUAAAUCUGGACUUAGCUAGAAUAACCGAAUUGAAUGAGAAAGAGAUUUUCAGCUAAUUGCUUCUUCAGUGUGAGACCUGUAUAAAAAGGUACUGCUCAAUGUAUACUAGCAAGCUCCUAGCAGUCAGUUUCAGAGGCGGACUGAUUCACGCAUACCCAAGAAACAUUUCAGGAAACCUUUAAAACAACAAUGUGGAACUCAACCACUCUUCUGUUUAUAAACAGCCUAUCAAAAUAGCAAAACCCUGGUUCCUGUUUUCAAAGGCACUACCCUGCAGCCAAAACAGGGAGGUCAUUCCGCUCCUUCUCGUUUAGCUGGAGUUACAAACCAUCAGAUUACCAGGUGGGAAAAUUGACCUCCAGAAGUCAAACAGAGACUGCCUAUUUAAAAGGUGCCACAAAGCCUUCCAUUUCUCCAAAUAUGACUUAAUCUUUCUCU